AUGGCACCGGUUCUCACGCCGCUGCUGCGACGGGCGUUUGCAGCCAUCAGCGCCGCUCCCGUGCCCUCGGCAACCAUCUCCAACGACGGUGCGCUUGACGGCCCUCUGGGGGAUGCGACGCGCAUGCACGCCGCGCGGGAUACGGCCACCCCCAAUCCUACUCACGACCCAUCCUCUGGCGUGCUGGACCCGCACGAUAUAUCCAACGCCGGCUUCUUUGCGUUGUUUGCGCUGCUCGGGGUCGCGUUUGUGGUCGCCGGCAUCUGGUUCUUCUUCUGGGCGCGCAACGGCGGCUUCCACUUCAAGGAGAACGACUGGGAGGAUUACAAGACGGCAGUGUUGCGGCGUCGGGGCCCGAACGGGACGCUGCUGUCUGGGGCAACGGAGUCGACGGAUCUCGGGGGUGGCAGCGUGUACAAGGACGUGGCGGAGGAUGACGGCAGGACGACGAUUACCGACAGCACGGGACUGAGCGGCAUCACGGCCGGGGCGAGCGACAUUGCCGCACGGGAGAAGAGGGAGGAGAAACGACGUAAGAGACAGAAGGAGCGGGAGCAGCGGAAGAAGAGCAAGAAUCAGAGCGAGGUGAGCGGUGACGGCGAGUAUGACGAGAAGAAGAACAAGCGAAGGGUCGGCGGGGACGGCGAGGUGCAGGACGAGGAGGCAGAGAUGAAGGCAAGGGACGAGUUGCGAAACUACCGCCACGAAAAGGCGGCAAGGGUGGGUGGGCUGAAUAAGGAGACGGAGGGGUCCUCAUGGGACGGGUCGAACCCGACAACCAGCCACACGGGCACGGAGUCAGAACUGUUGCCGAACAAGCAGAGCACGCCGACGAACACGCCGACCAAGGACAAGAAGCGUGGGGGUAUUCGCAAGGUGUACUCGACGGCUGAUCGCAACGCAGAUCGCGAGGCGCGCCGGAUGCGGGACGACGGACGCACGCACCGCCGGGACUUUUCGUUCCAGCGAGCGGAGCCGACGGACAGCUUGCUGUCGGGGCAGGCGGGGAGCAGCGAUGUGACAGGUUCUCAGCAGAGCAGUGACUUGGGCACGAAGAGCUACCACCACCCGCGGCCGGAGAUUGCGCGGGCACAGAGGGAGAGGGAGAGGGAGGAAAGGAGGGUUCGCCGAGGGGGCUAUAGGCGUGGACGGGGCGAUGAUGAGCUCUAG